GGAGAGUAAAAAUCAAUCACUGGAGACUUCAGUGUACUUCCUGUUUCACUUGCAGAUGUCGCCAGGGUCUCUGAAGAGGGAAGACACGAGGAGACAGGCUCCAGCCCAGACACGACAUCAUGCAUCUCCUCGGUCCCUGUCUCCUCCUGCUCCUGGAACAUUUGGCUUUCUCUGAUUCAAAUCUGUGGAACUUCAAACACCCCGCCACCUUCUAUGCCUGGGAAGGGGCCUGCGUCUGGAUUCCCUGCACCUACAAAAUCCCAAAGACGGAUGCGCAAGUGGACAGGCUUGUCGUGUUCCACAAUCCUGAGUACAACGAAACCACCAAAUGCUACGUGGGGACUGUCCUCUAUAAUAACACAAUGAACAGGAAGUCCCCUUCUCAGCAGGGAAGGGUACGGUUCCUGGGAGACUCAAAUAAGAACUGCACCCUGAGCAUCGAGUCAUUGUUGGUCAAUGACAGCGGCCGGCUGGGGCUGAGGAUGAUGACAAAAGACGACAAAUGGAUGGAAACCGUAAACCUAAGUAUCUCUAAAUCUCCUUUUCCACCUCGCAUCCAGCUCCCUCCAGAACUUCAGGAGUCCCAGACAGUCACUGUGACCUGCUUGUUGAACUUCACCUGCUUUGGAUACGACAUUGAACUGCGGUGGGCCCUGAAGGGGCUCCCCUUCACCCCUGCUUCCUCCACCAUCUCCUCCUCACCUACCACCCAGACUGUCUCUACCAAGAGCCAGAUCGACUUUAAACCGGAGUGGACUCACCACGGGAAGAACUUGACCUGCCAGGUGUGGCAUUCUGCCGAAGUGCUCUCUGAAGAGACGGUGCAGCUGAACGUGAAGCACACCCCGAAGUUGGAGAUCAAGGUCUUUCCCAAUGAAACCACUGUAAUGGAAGGGGCGUCCGUGACCAUGACGUGCCAGGUCACCAGCAGCAACCCAGAGCAUGGCACUGUAUCCUGGCUCAAGGACGGGACCCUCCUGGGGGAGAAGAAUCUCUCGCUAACUCUGUCCUCAGUGACCAAGGACAGUGGUGGGAAGUACUGCUGUCAGGCCUCCAAUCACAUAGGCUUAGGAAUGUCGGAAGAAGUGGCCCUCAAAGUGCUGUAUCCCCCGACAGUUUCCGAGGUUUACAUCCACCACACACCUGCUAAGGAGGGACAGUCAGUAGAGCUGGUUUGCACGUCCCCGGCCAACCCUCCUCCAACAAAUUAUACCUGGUAUCACAAUGGGAAGGAAGUGCCAGGAGUGACAGAAGAGAAAUACUGGAUCGCCCAGGUCCUUACUUGGCAUGCAGGGCGUUACGCCUGCGUGGCAGAGAACAGGCUUGGUUCUGGACAGGUUGGCCAGGAAGCCGAGCUGGACGUCCAAUAUCCCCCCAAGGGGGUAACCACUGUGAUUGAAAGCCCCACACCGAUUCGAGAAGGAGACAGCGUGACCCUGCGCUGUAGGUACAACUCCAGUAACCCAACAGUUACCCGGUAUGAGUGGAGCCCCCAACACUUGUGGAAUGAGCCAUCCCAUGAGGUGAUGAGGAUUCAGAACGUUGCCUGGGACACCCCACCCAUCUCCUGUUCCGCCUGUAACCAGUGGUGUUCGCCAGCUUCUCCCAUCAACCUGGAUGUCCAGUAUGCUCCCAAGGAGGUGAAGGUCCUGCAGAUCAGUUCCCUGUCAGAGAUUCAUGCUGGGAACCAGGUCCGACUUCAAUGCCACUUCUCAAAGAGCCACCCGGAAGAAGUCCACUUCUUCUGGAAGAAAAACGGAAGUCUUCUGGAAGCAAAAGGAAGAGAACUGAACUUUGACUCCGUCUCCCCGGAAGAUGCUGGAAAUUACAGCUGCUUGGUCAAAAAUUCCAUAGGACAGUCAGCAUCUGAGGCCUGGAGGCUGCAAGUGCUAUAUGCACCUCGGAGGCUGUGGGUGUCCAUUACCCCAGGAGACAGAGUGAUGGAAGGGAGAAAGGCAGCCCUGACCUGUGAGAGCGAUGCCAACCCUCCCAUCUCACAGUACACCUGGUUUGACUGGAAUAACCAAGACCUCCAGCAUUCUGGCCAGACGCUGAGCUUGGAUCCUGUGAAGGUCGAGCACUCGGGCUCCUACUGGUGCAAGGGGGUCAACCAGCUGGGCGAGGGCGAGUCACCCCCCAGCACCCUCACCAUCUACUAUAGCCCGGAGACCAUCGGCAGGCGAACGACCAUGGGAAUUGGCAUCUGCCUGGCCAUCCUCAUCCUGGUCAUCUGGGGGGUGAAGCUUCAGCAAAACUGGAAGAGGACUCGGAGCCAACAGGGGCCUCAGGAAAAUUCCAAUGGUCGGAGCUUCUUUGUGAGGAAUAAAAAGGUUAGAAGGACCCUUCUCUCUGAAGGGCCCCACUCCCUGGGAUGCUACAAUCCAAUGAUGGAAGACGGCACUAAUUAUGCUACUCUGCGCUUUCCAGAGACUGACACUCCAAGAACUGGAGGUACAGGCCCCUCAGAAACACAAGGAUCUCUCCCAGAUAAUGAAGACACGGUCACUUACUCAGUGGUGCAGAAGUGUCAUGUGCUUUCCCAGGGUGACUACGAGAAUGUGGCUCCAAAUCUUCCAGAAGAUGACGGGAUUCAUUACUCGGAGCUCGUUCAUUUUGGGACUGGGGAGCGGCCUCGGGCACCAGAAGAUGUGGACUAUGUGACUCUCAAGCACUGACAGCAGGACACAGGCUGCGUUGGAUGUGCCCAGAGCCAAUGGGGCCAAGGAAACCCCAGGGUAUCCCCAGCUGCAGCUGUUCAGCUGCUAAGUCACAGGACCUUUUUAAUCUCCCUGCACACACACACACACACACACACAAUCACUGAGGAGAACCUGUGUCUGUCUGGUUCAGAGCCAUUUUCCUUCUCAGGACUGGUAACCCUGACCUUCCUGAUCUUUUUCCAUUCUCCUUCCCACCCGGAAAUUCACCUAUGCACCCGUCCAGGAUUGCACAGCCCCCUGUGUCCCACACCCGAGACACUGCCACCAUCCAUCCCCUCCUGAGCCCUCCCCGACUGCCCUGGGAUUGAUUUGACACUGUUUUGUCUUCCUUGUCCCUUGGACCUCCCCACCCCCACUGCCACCCACUAAUCCUAUGCUCACUUUCUGCUCCUGGGGAAAUCCCAGGGAAGGACAGAAAUGAGGUAGACAGAGGCAUUGUCCCCAGCUGGCUUCUCCUCUAGAAACUGUCUACGAGCCAGCUAAGCCUUCCGUGGAGGACGUUGCGGUGACAGCCCCUGCCCUCGGGGUCUCGUGGACUGCGCAGAUGCACUGAGAAGAACAAAGAUAAUGUACAAAGAGUUGCAUAAUAAAAAUGGCACAGAGGCCACUUCCAGGA